UGAAGAAGUUGAUUUAGGAGGACGAUGGCUAAAGCAUCGGUGUGUGUGCUGAUUGCUACUGUGCUCAGUGCUACAGGUUUGGAUCUGCCGAACCUUGCACUAAACAAGCCCACAGAACAGAGCUCAGUAUAUCAAGGAAUGACAUCAGAUCUGGCUGUUGAAGGCCAAAACGGCACUGACAGUAUAGCCGGACAAUGUGCCCAUGUGGCGGAAGCAAAGGGUGUGGUAGAGUGGUGGCAAGUAGACCUCCAGCAGAUCUUCUCGGUCCUAACUGUCUCCGUCACCAACAGGGGGAACAAUUGGCGUAAGUAA